AUGGAUAUCUUAGCUGAGCUUGAAGCGAAUCAACGUCUAUUGGACACUGGUGAAAUAAAUGAAAAUGAAUAUAACAAACGCAGGAAGUCAAUACUUGAUGGAUCAGCUGGACUAGUUAAUAUGAAGAAAUCUGACUCUGACGGUAAGUUGCAAAGAAACAAUAUUAUGCUUACUUGGAGAAUACAGUAUACUAAUUAUUUAAGACCUAAUACUGUAGUAUCUAGUAAACCAAAGAAUACGAGUUUGUACGAAAUUCUUCAAUUAAAUCCCGAUGCAACAGAAGCAGAAAUUAGAUCAAGUUAUAGAAAACUUGCUUCUAAAUAUCAUCCCGAUAAAAAUGACGGAAUUGAAUUAGAAGAGGUACCAUACCCUGUUAAACCUUUGGAAAAUAAAACAUCACUCAAUCACUAUGUUGGAGGUGACGCUUGGCUACCUUAUAUUGGUAACUUGGAAAUUGGCCUUUGGAUGUUUUCAAUUGCAAACAAUGGAAAUUCUCCAGAAAUAGAACAUAUGACUACACCUGAGCAAAAAAAUCACCGUCACACAGUUCGUGUAUCUACCAUCGCUCACUACCUAAGAGACAAGCUUACUCAAUUUCCAAAGCAAGAAGAUUCUUCAGAGUUUGAAUCAUUUAUGGAAAGUCUUCGUCAAGAAGCGCUGAGACUUUCUGUAGAACCUAAUGGCAAAAUGUUACUAUCCUUUUUAGGAGAAAUUUACAUGACCAAGGCUCAACCAUAUUUAGGAGAAAUUUGCAUGACCAAUGUUCCAACAUAUCUAACCAUGUUUUCUGUGCCAAGCAUUAAAUAUUCUAGUCUUUUUAACAAUUUUAUGUUUAUGAUGGGCAUGGUCUCUGGAUUCUUUCUGGUUAAAACCAGUAAUAAAAUGAACCAGGAUGAGGUAAAAAGCCUAUAUAUUCUUUUCUGCUAA